AUGUCUCUUCCUCUUGCCGGAAAAGUCGCUAUAGUUACUGGUGCUUCACGCUCAAUCGGUGCUCAAAUCGCCGCUCAACUCGCUGCAAAGGGCGCGAAUGUCCUCAUCACCUACGUCGCUGGUGCUGAUGCUGCCGCUCAAGUUGCUGCCGACAUCAACUCGAAAGGUGCGGGCCAGGCAAUUGUCUCCCAGGCCGACGCCGCUUCCCUCGAGGCCAACCAGCGCAUCGUGAAGGAGGCCGUAGACAAGUGGGGCCGCCUCGACAUCCUCAUCCUCAAUGCGGCCAUCCAAGGCAUGGCCACCAUAGCCCAGGUCACUCCCGAGACCUACGACAAGACCUUCGACACGAACGUCAAAGGGCCCAUGUUCCUCAUCCAGUCCGCCCUCCCUCACUUGACUUCGGGGAGCCGUAUCAUCCUCUUCUCGUCAUCACUCACCCGCGCGUCGACGGUCCCUCCCAACUACCUUCUCUACAACUCCACCAAGGGCGCUGUGGAGCAGAUGGCGCGCGUCCUCGCCAAGGACCUCGGCCAGAAGGGCAUCACGACCAACGUCGUCGCGCCCGGACCGAUCGAUACGGACCUCUUUCGGAACGGCAAGACGGAGCAGCAGAUUGCGUUCUUCGAGAACCUACACCCGGCGAAGCGUCUCGGCCAGGCGGAAGACGUCGCGAAGGUGGUGGACUUCCUCGUCAGCCCUGAGGCGUCUUGGGUCAACGGCCAGACGUUGAUGGUCAAUGGGGGCUUCGCCGUAUAA